UAAAGCCAACUGAAUUGUAUUAUAUUUCAGGACUAUCUAUGUAAAUAUUGUGAAAAUGAAUCGAAUUCAAUUUCUAAAGCCCACCGAAUUGUAUAAUAUUAUUCAACAGAGAUCACGCUAUCCUUCCGUAUCUGAUAACAAUUUCCUGUUAAUAUUAGAUGCUAGGUCAGCUGCUGAGUAUGCCGAGUCCCAUAUUAUAACGGCAAAGUUGGCCCCUCGCCAAGAUGAUGGACAAUGGAAAGUUCCCUACGAGGCAGAGUUGGAGUGCAAGGAACACAUUGUGGUCUAUGAUGGACACUCGAGAUCAAGAGACGCGAGCGAAAGUGAAGAUGAGUUGAAUGCGAUCCAGUUGGCCAAAUUCUUAGUCGCACAAGGCAGCAAAAACCCAAUACAAAUCGCAGAUGGUGGAUACGAAGAUUUUUCCAAGCUGUACCCAUUUCUCAGAACUAAGAAGAUACUCUACAUGCCCAAGGAGCUGGACGUGAUUGUGACAUAUCCGACUGAGAUCAUACCUGGACAGUUGUACAUGGGCAGUGUGGAGCAGGCUCUGAACAAGCGAAUCCAGAAGGACCUCAAAGUGAGAGCACAUGUCGCUGUCACGAACGAAAACGAGACAUAUUUUGCCACCGAUUCGGAUAAAUUGUGUCGAGUUGGGAUAGAAGACGAAGUUGGAAGCGAUCUACUCUCGUGUCUCGACGCUGUCUGCAAGUUUAUUGAUGAUCGAUUGGAAAAUUCUGACGUCGUGUUGAUCUAUUCUGACCUGGGCAUCAGUCGCAACAGUGCAGUGGCACUAGCAUACCUUGUGUACAAAGAGAAAUGCACGCUCCGAGAGGCGUGGAAAGCUGUGCUCAAGUGUCAGAAAAGCACUCGACCGAAUAGAGGCUUCAUUAAGCAACUAUCCCAGUGGGAGGAGAAAGUACUUGGAGAGAGAAAAACAGACAUAGAAGAUCCCGCUUUCUAAAUCAGAUGUCAUUCUUCUACCUCUGAACUUGGAACAAUUAUUCUAAGUAGACCAGCUUUAAGUACAAAGAUACAAAUCACUAAAAACCCGAGAAGAGUCUGGUCUGUUUCAAGAACUGAAGUCUAAUGUGAAUAGUUCACUUAUAUAGUACUGUAAAAAUUUGUAUGUAAAUAGCUGCAUAAUAUGUACAUAAAUGAAUUCAUCGAAUUAGACUUUUUCAAACUUUU